AUGUUAGCUGGUGAGGAGACAUCAUGGUACGAAAGGAUCGAUCCCACAUGGGAACAACACUGGAUACAUGUCAGUUCAGAUGGCUGUAGGUUGGCCCUAAUUUGGAAAUAUGGUGGAAUUUACAUGGAUACUGACAUCAUCUCAGUGCGACCCAUUCCAGAGAAGACAUUUCUGGCAGCUCAGUUCUCACAAGAUUCCAGCAACAGUGUUUUUGGAUUACCUCCCUGUCACAAUUUCACAUGGACUGCAAUGGAGGAUUUUGUAAAGAAUUACAAUGGAGCAAUAUGGGGACAUCAAGGCCCACAACUCUUCACACAUACUCUGAGGAAAUAUUGUAUCAUUCCGGAUUUUACAGCUGUUGAGGAUAUUAUAUGUGGAAACAUCACCUUUUUAAACCCGCAAUGUUUCUAUCCUAUUCCAUAUCCAUCUUGGAGGUUGUACUACAAAGUCUGGGAAAAAAUUCCAACGUUUAAUGACUCUUAUGCUUUACAUCUCUGGAACUACAUGAACAAAGAUGUUAUGACUAUGGUUCCAGGCAGUAAUACGGUGGAUAAUCUCUAUAAACAACACUGUCCCAUUACCUAUGGAGCCCUCCUACGGAACGAGCCUAUAUACCUUUAGCUGUGUUUAUCAUAAACGGAUGCAAACACCUUAUUAGUGUAUAAAAAGGAGUUAAGUUGCUGCAACAUUGCAAAUUGUUAAAUACUACUAUUGAUACUUUCUCAUAUCAUAGAAUAUAGCAAAACUUUGGACCUAUAGCCAAAAAAACAGAACAAAGACUGAAUGACAGAUAUAUGGCUCAUUUCUCUUACCCAACAUUCAUACAUUAGAAAUCUUUAGUUUAAUUCAAUGACCUGACUGAACCUUAAUUGACCAUAACAGUGAAAUAAAAACAUAAUCACUAAUUUAGCAGCCUGAAUAAACCUCAUCAAAGAGGUGCAUUG